AUGAGGAAGAUCGCCUUAGGGAACCAUGGCGAGGCGUUUCAGCCGGAUUGCAUCAAAGCCCUCGUCGUUGAAUUCAUCACCACCUUUUUCUUUGUCUUCGCCGGCGUCGGAUCCGCUAUGGCCACUGACAGUUUAGUUGGAAACACAUUGGUGGGACUUUUCGCGGUGGCGGUGGCUCAUGCAUUUGUGGUGGCGGUAAUGAUAUCUGCCGGCCAUAUCUCCGGUGGCCACCUCAACCCUGCUGUCACCAUCGGCCUACUUUUCGGCGGCCACAUCAGCGUCUUCCGUGCAUUCCUCUAUUGGAUUGAUCAGUUGUUGGCCUCCUCCGCAGCAUGCUUCCUCCUCAGUUAUCUCACCGGAGGAAUGGGAACUCCGGUUCACACAUUGGCAAGUGGAAUAAGUUACACUCAAGGGAUCGUAUGGGAGAUCCUCUUGACAUUCUCACUUCUCUUCACUGUCUACGCCACUAUGGUGGAUCCCAAGAAAGGUGCUCUUGACGGGUUCGGUCCACUUCUCACCGGUUUUGUCGUCGGAGCAAACAUCCUUGCAGGCGGCGCCUUCUCCGGAGCCUCGAUGAACCCGGCCCGGUCCUUUGGUCCUGCUUUAGUCUCUGGAAACUGGACUGACCAUUGGGUAUAUUGGGUUGGACCGUUGAUUGGCGGUGGUCUCGCCGGCUUCAUCUACGAGAACUUCCUCAUCGACCGUCCACAUGUCCCAGUCUCCGACGAGGAGCAACGACUCCUAUCAAGCUAG